AUGCAAGGUUGUUUAGUACCACCUUAUGUACUGGCGCGCAUGAGCGAAGACAACACAUCUCCCCUGCGAUGGUCGCCACCAACGUCUGCUGCGCUGGUCGCAGCUGCUCUAGCGCCACCAGCUCUGCGACCCUGGCUGCCAGACCCGCCUACAAAGAAGAUGAACCACUUGGGUCUGGUGUGUGUGGUGUGUGGAGACACAAGUUCGGGAAAGCAUUACGGCAUCCUCGCCUGUAACGGCUGCAGUGGAUUCUUCAAAAGAUCUGUGAGGAGAAAGCUUAUAUACAGAUGCCAGGCCGGCACAGGCAGAUGCGUGGUGGACAAAGCUCAUCGGAACCAGUGCCAAGCGUGCCGUCUCAAGAAGUGUUUGACCAUGGGCAUGAAUAAAGAUGCAGUGCAAAACGAACGUCAGCCUCGAAACACUGCGACUAUACGGCCGGAAACGCUACGGGAUAUGGACCAGGAGCGAGCUCUGAGAGAAGCCGCCGUCGCUGUUGGUGUGUUUGGGCCCCCAGUAUCACUAGCGAUGGCGCUGUCCCCAGCUCGGUACCCGCUGCUGUCACCACACUACGCCCCCCUGCCGCCACCGCAGCCCACCCAGCCGCCGCAACCCGACUCAUCCCACGACCACAACGACGGCAGCCACGCGCACUCUGACAGCGACGACGACAGUAUCGACGUCACCAACGAAGAGGAUUCAACGUCAUACUCCCCACCAGCCGUCUCCAGCUAUUCCCAAAGUUGUAUACCUUAUGGACCUCUUGGCAUGGAGAGCGCGGCAGAGACAGCAGCGCGCUUGCUGUUCAUGGCGGUCAAAUGGGCCAAGAACUUACCUUCCUUCGCCAGCCUCGCCUUCCGUGACCAGGUGAUUCUGCUAGAAGAGGCGUGGUCGGAGCUUUUCCUUCUGAACGCGAUACAGUGGUGUGCGCCGCUAGACGCUGCCUGCGUCGCGCUCUUUGGCACCGAACAGACUGACCAAGAUAACGGCGGGUCGGUGGUACUGCGAAGGCUGCGUUCAGUGGUGGCGCGGUACCGGAGUGUGCUGGUAGACCCCGCAGAGUUCGCCUGCAUGAAGGCCAUCGCGCUCUUCAAGUGUGAAACCAGAGGUCUCAAAGACUCCCUCCAAAUAGAGAACCUCCAGGACCAAGCGCAGGUGAUGCUGAUGACUCACGCCCGGACCGCGCACGGCGCAGCGCCGGCCAGGUUUGGGAGGUUACUUCUCUUACUGCCUCUUCUGCGUAUAGUGACCCCUCAACAGCUGGAGAGGGAGUUCUUCUCCAAAACUAUAGGACAGACGCCGAUGGAGAAGGUUUUGGCUGAUAUGUAUAAAAAUUAAAUUGUUUCGAAAAACAUAGAAUAGAGAAUGAUCCAGAAUGAGUCUUUAUAAGUCACACGGUGACGUCAGUGUAAUCCAUAAAUAAUG